AAUGAGACAACCUUGCCUCAACAACUCUCUUUCUUCCUUUCUCUCUGUGAAGACUCACGGCUCACUCACGGCACCACUCACGGCACACAGCAACGGGCUGCUCCUCAGUCCUCACAUACAACCGGCAGCACCACCGUCUCCCUCAACGAGCAGUAACCAGCCUUCCCCUCCCUCCUAGCGGCAGCAGCAGCUGCGUUUUGCCCCAACAACAGCAGCAAGCUGCUGUGACGCCAACUGCAGCAGCCCACGCAGCCUUACUCCACCAUUUUCGUGCUCCACACCACCACAACCACCACCUAUACCCUCACCCUUUACUAGUCCCCCAUUGAGUAAUAGCUUUCACAUCCUAAUUCGAAAUGACUCAAAAUGAGUGCAUCAGAGGACUUGCUUAUGUUGAAGGGAACCAACUAAACUGGUUAGUGUCCUAUUUUUCCAGAGCUAUGUGAUGGUAGAGAUGGAGGCAAAUAGUUCAUCCGUGGGUAUGAUGUCACCUUGUCCCUCCUCCUACUCAACUUCCAAUUCCAGUCCUACUCCAACCCCCACACAUUUGUAUUCUUGUCUUCAUCCUCAAACACCCAAGACUCCAAAAGUGUUUAUGCCAAUGCUCAGACUUUGGAGGCCACAAGCUCAGAGAAAUGUCCGAAAUCAGUGGUCCAAAUUAUCUUCUUUGAGACAACAAUGGUACCCUUCUUAUUCUUCCGGCCGAUCUCAUGCUACCUCUCUUGUUAACUCUUACCUCUCUCACAGGUACAUGGAUGCUAUGGAUUUGGGUGUUUUGAGUGAUAUGCCAAAUAUUCGAAAAAAAGCCUGUGUUAAAUUGCUUAAGCAGCUGGAGUCCCAAUGCAGCCUACUUAUAUCUUCUUACAAGGCUAUGGUUUCUAUUGUUGUUGACAUGACGAAUGCCAGCAAAUCAAUGAGAUGCUUCUUGAUAACAACUAGUGGAAGCUCCAUUCAACAAUUUUCUAAUAGUUCAGAGAAUGGCAAUGAUGCUGGAGAUGGUGGAGGAGCUCCAGUUGUCACAUUCUUGUCCAUCUCAGCAUUUGAAACGUUGGCUGAGGAACUUGUUGAAAUGUACAAGCAGGAACUUAUUUUAAAGCGUUUGCUUGUAGUUGAGUUAUUCUCCAAAGUUUGUAAAGAGAUGGAACAAUUCAAUCAUAUGUCUUGGGGAGAGGAACUUUAUCAUGGAGAAGCUGAUGACUUGAUCAUGUGCAACUUGUACGCAGAAGAUAAAGCUGAGCCAAUACUUCCCGAUAUUAGUGGCUGGAAAUCGAAAUCUUCCUAUGUUGAGUCUGACAUAAAUCCAAACCAUGAUGUUUUGCAGGUAUAUAUCACAACAUGGCUUGCAGAGGUCAGUAUAGAUGCAUUCAGGGUGGAAGAAAUAUUUUCAACUGUAGGAGAAGAACUACGAAUGAGCUUUACGUGAGCUUUCAUGAUACCGUGAGGUAUUGUUUGUUGUUAGUUCAUAGGUUCAUAUUUAGGUACUUCCAAGUACUCCAUUAAUGUUGUUUAGAGGUAAAGCUUGAAAGAAGUGUCUUGUUACUUCUAAUUUGUAAUAAUCUUAAAAAUUAAAGCUUUAUCAUUGUUCUUUUAAAAAUAUGAAUGCCUUUUUGGUGUCAAAUUUGACCUUGCACUUCUUGUUAAAUGGAAGUUGGAAUCUGAUGUAGAUGUUGGUAUGUUAUUGAUUAUCUACAGAAUUAUUAUUUUUAGAUUUUUGUAUCACCUUUAUGAUAUUAUUAAAUUUAUCAAAUAAGAUCUCAUUUGAUUAUAUUUUAACUUAUAAAUCAUUAAUAAUCAAUGAAUUAGAACAAUAAUAAUGAAUUGAAGGUUUUUGUAGUUUUAUUUGGAAAGACAAAUGACACUUUCCAAGGUGACAAUGACAGUUUUUC